AUGUCUAGGUAUAAUAAUUCUAAUUAUAAUACAUUAUCAAAACUUCAUUUAAAUAUUGAUGAAAAGAUAUUAUCAAAUAAUAUAUUUAAAAAAUCAAAAUUAGUAAGAUAUGGAUAUGUUAAAGAAUUUGAUAUUAUUAAUGAAUGUGGAUGGAUUAUAAGUUUAAUAGACGGAAAAGAAUAUUAUAUUAAUCCCGAAACAUUUUUUUAUGAUAAAAAUUAUUUAACCAUAUUAUCUUUAUAUCCUGGUGAAAAAGUACUUUUUGAAUAUUCUGUAGACAAUGAUAUAAUGGUUGCAAUAAAAGUAUAUAGUUGUAAUGGUAAUGAGGAUAAAAGAAAAAAAUUAGAAGAAGAAGCAUGGGAUAAGUAUUAUGAUGAGUAUGAUAAAUGUAUAUGGUGUGGAAACUCUUGUACUGAAGAGAGUCAUGAAUUUUAA